CUGUGUUAAAGACAAACCACUUUUCUACGAAGGGAUGUUGGUUGUUCCAGACAACACAACAGAAAAUAAAAUACCAAGUGUCGAGGGAAUGAUGGUGUACAGGAAAGACAACAAUAAAGUUUAUGUUCAAGGAGAUAAAAAAAUGAACGCAUUGGCCGAGGAAAAGAAGAUACUCAAAAUAUUGGAUAAAGAUAUUGCAAAAUUGGAGAGUAAAUUCGACAGUUUCAAUCAAACCUUGAAUAGCAAGAUACGAUUAAUGCUCUCUCGUGACAUUUCGGCUUCCACAGUCCUGAAAGGUCAACCUGGAAGUUAUCUCAAGCAAUUGAAACAAUGGUUUUCUUUCAAUAAGCUGACAUGUUGUUGGAGAACUUCACUGGAUGGCUGGGAUUCGCGUGUAUUUCAUACACGAUGCGACAAUAGAGGAAAAACAAUCACUUUGGUUAAAGUUGGGAAUUAUAUCUUUGGUGGAUACUCAACCUAUCAAUGGGGUGGGUCAAACGGCGCUUGGCGAUCAAGCUCGAGCAACUACAUUUUCUCUCUGCGCAACAAAGACAACUUGAGUCCAUUCAGAUCAGCAGUCUACAGAAACACUCAUCUCGCAAUUUACACAAACCCGACAUAUGGACCAACGUUUGGUGGCGGACAUGAUCUAUAUAUUGCAAGAAAUGCUAACAAGAACAGAAAUUCAUAUACACAUUUUGGUAACACUUACCGUCCUCCAUCUGGCUACAGUUAUGGCAACAGUAAUACCCAAGCACUAUUGGCUGGUAGUUACCAUUUCACUCCCACUGAAGUUGAAGUUUAUUAUUAUGUGUGACAUUAAUUCAGCUAAUUUUGCAUGUAAUUAGUUUAAGAAACUAAUUGUAAUCAAAGGGUUUGUAGUUUUUAGAAAUAAAAGUUCAGGGCAUUUUAAUUCUAUUCACUUCGCUGGUAUUAUUCGUUUAGAA